AUGGCGACUUCGAACAAUCCGCGGAAAUUCAGCGAGAAAAUCGCUUUGCAUAACCAGAAGCAGGCGGAGGAGACGGCGGCGUUUGAAGAAGUGAUGAAAGACCUCAGCAUUACCCGGGCAGCGAGGCUACAGUUGCAGAAAACUCAGUACUUGCAGCUGGGACCGAACCGUGUGCAGUACUAUGGAGGAUCUUUGCCAAAUGUCAAUCAGAUUGGAAACAGCACUAUGGAUAUGGCUUUUCAGAAUUCAGGGCUGGACACGAACAGGUCGACGCGACACCACGGGCUGGUGGACAGAGUCUACCGGGACAGGAGCCGCAUCACAUCACCCCACCAGAAGCCCCUUUCUAUUGACAAACAUGGACGCCAGAUUGACAGCUGUCCAUAUGGUUCAGUAUAUCUGUCACCACCACCUGAUACCAGCUGGAGGAGGACAAACUCUGACUCAGCACUGCACCAGAGCACAUUAACUCCGGCCCAACAGGCCUCUUUCACUGGAGGAUCACAGGAGUUCCAGCCAAAAAGAGUUCUCCUGCUCACUGUACCAGGGGCUGAAGCAAUUAAACAAGAGUCUGAAGAAGAUGGACAAAACCAGAACUGGGAGUGCAAAAAGAACAUUUCAAGGUCCAAACAGUGCAAAGUCCCAGGGAUCCACAUAUUCCCGUCUCCGGACCAGCAGCUGACCAAUUCACUAAAACCAGUAGCCCACAACACUGGCGGUUCUCUCCCUGACCUGACCAACAUCCAGUUUCCUCCUCCGCUGCCUACCCCGCUCGACUCAGAUGAUGCAGUUGGCACCACGUUCAGCUCCUCAAACAACACACAGACCAUGGCUAGCACGCAAGGAGUGAACACCUCUCAGCCCACAGUAACCAUGGAAAUGCAGUCUGGGCAGGACGACAUGGUUCCUCUCAUCCUGAAUGCAGGAGACUCCCACCAGCACCAGAACCUGCAGCUCUCACCAACAUCUCCGCCUCUCACUCUCUCUCAGGCGGCCAUCAACGCCAUGAACCUUGAGCAGCAGCUGUCCCAGUAUGCCUUCUUCAACCAGCAGCCGUCGUCCCAGAGCCACCAGAGCCAGCAACAGACAGGUCUGGUCCAGCUGUCGUCCUCCAUGAACUCCUGCUCCCCGUCAGACAACCAGACGUCGUCACAAGCCAACAUGACCAUGGACAUGAACACGGCCUCGUCCCUUCAACAGUACCGCAGUAGGGUCGGAUCCUCUGCCAAUCAGUCUCCAACCUCCCCUGUCUCCAAUCAAGGCUUCUCACCUGGAGGUUCCCCUCAACAUAACUCCAUACUGGGCAGCGUGUUUGCAGACUUCUACGACCAGCAGCUCCCGUCCAUUCAGGCCAGUGCUCUCUCACAACAGUUGGAGCAGUUCAACAUGAUGGAAACCCCCAUCAGCUCGGACAGCCUGUAUAACCAGACCUCCACCCUCAACUACUCCCAGGCGCUUAUGAUGGGUUUGACUGGCCAUUGCAACCUUCAGGACCAGCAGCAGCUGAGCUACAGCAGCCAUGGCAACAUCCCCAACAUCAUUCUCACAGUGAGCAGUGAGUCUCCCCCCAGCCUGCCCAAGGACCUGACCGGCUCGUUGUCCACAGAUGUCAGCUUCGAUAUCGACUCCCAGUUCCCACUGGAUGAUCUUAAAAUAGACCCGCUGACGCUUGAUGGCCUGCACAUGCUAAAUGACCCGGACAUGGUCCUUGCUGACCCCGCCACAGAGGACGCGUUUCGCCUUGACCGGCUCUAAUCACCGCACCACCUCAUGCUCAGGUGUGUGAAUGCUGCUGCCCUGGGGCGGCGAGGGAGUGGGGGGGGGGCUUAGCAUCUGAGAGGAUGAAAACCAAGAGGAGCAGCUUUCUGGAGGGUGCUGGUCAAGUCCUCGUCCGGGCAGAGCAUCGAUUUCACGCCAACCAACUCAAUCAAACCCCGCAAGAGAGCAUUUAAAAGAAAAAGACUGGAAACCUUGAAAACUGGAAAGAUGGGUUACGACUGAUGAAAAGUUAUGGUAUGAAUGAUCUUCAUUGUUGUGUCAACCACAAAUGACACUUUGAAUUUUGAUUUAUUUAGGUGUUUAGUUUUCAUUUGAGGGAGCUUGAUGAAAAUAUCAUGAGGGCAGAGGGAGGCUGGUUUGAUAUUCUCCAUCAAUGACUGACUAAACCACGUCUGCAGAGCAAACCCUUAACAAUCUGCAGUAUCAUACACCUGUUAACACAGAGUAGCUUGAUGACUCAGAGAAAAACACAAGUUUAACCUCCCUUUGUGCCACACACACUCAGCAGUACACUCAGUUUGGAUAUCAAUUUAGUGCUAAUCCCUGUUUAGUUUGUCAUAAAAGCCAAAGUAGGGCCUGGUUUGAUUUGCUCGAAAUUUCCUCUAAAGUUUUGAGUGAUGAUGAGUCACUAUUUUGUUAUUUUCAGGAGAUGCUGAAUUUUGAUUUAACCAUAGUAAAUAGCAACCAUCGGUUAUGCAUGAAAUCACAAAUCACUGUGCAUACUUGUUUUGCCUUAAAAGCUUGACAUUUUGGUUUUCAUGCAAAGAUUACUAUUAUGUAAAUGAGAAAAAAAAUAAUUGUCAAGUCAUUGUAACUGUUUUACAAGUGGUUUGGCUUACAUAAUUCACAGUUGCAUUUUAUUUUUGAGGUGCGCUGUUCUUAAUCCAUCACUUCAUACAUUGUCACUACCGUAUGGUUUUUCAUGCAUCAGUCAAAUCUUAACGACUAAGGAGUUCUUUGUUAUGAAAUAGAUGUUUACAUGCUUGUUUCGUUAGAUAUUUUACAUGUACAGAAUGUGAUUAGAUUUUGCGUAAUGGUAUCUAUGCAAAACUACAGCGAUUGGUUUAGGACUGUAAAGUGAAAAAGAUAAAUGAACCCUUUCAAAAGGAAGCCAACGUGCAAGUUUCUUAUGGAAUGCACAGCGAUGGUGCCAUGCUAUAUUUCUUUUGAUACUUUUGAAACUCUUUACAUUUUCUUUUCAGACCAGUAAGGUGUAGAGAAAAUGCUGACAGUGCGUGUGUCAUACAGUAGAAGCUCUCCUUGAUUACUCCCAAAGAUGUGACCUCAGUGUAGUUGAAAUAUAUAUAUUUUUCCAGAAAAUUGAACUGCCUCUAUACUAAAACAGCAUUGUUGAUGCAAUGAGAAUGUAUUUAGGUCACAUCUGUACAGCUGUGUUGUUGCCAUCUUGUCAUCCUCAUUGCCUCUUAUAUCUAGCCUUCAUGUACUGAAAAAUAAUUUUCACCUGUUAUUGUUUUCUCCCUGCAAAGGAGACGUGGCAUACUGUUUUAUAUAUUACUUUUUUGUUUCUUUGGCACUACAGUGACACUGAGUAUCCGUUUUCUUGUCAUGCUUGUGUGUGUCUGUGCCCUUUAUCCUUCUGUUCCAUGUUUCUCUGACCGUUGGUUCUAUAUUUUUAUGGUUUCAAGCAUUUGCUCUUUAAAAAACCCUCUUUGUUUUUGAGUGGAUCAUAGCUGUCUCAUCUCUCAUAUUGCACUUUAUGUAUUAAUUUAAAACACUGAUUUAUGAGAGUUUAUAUACCAAACCCCCCUGUGACUGUUAUGUGCACUGGACCUGUGUGCCCUGUCUUUGACUAAACUUGCCUUCUUGUUAAAAAAAAAAAAAAAAAUAUGAAAAAAAGCUCUAUUACAUUAUAGUUAUUUUUAAAAAGAGUUUUUACUUAAUCAGUGAAUAUUUUGUUAGUGGUCUACUGUUGCAGUUUUCCUGGAUUUUGGAAAACAUUUGUAUUUUGGAACAGUGGUGAUCAGAGGUGUGUCAGUCCAGUGCUGAAGCUCUUUAUGCUACUGAGAGCAGGUUUGAGAAAAUAGAUCUAGAAAAAUAUGUGUAAUUAAUCACCGAUUUGCAAAUAAAAAGUUUAUUAUUAAAAUAUUUAAAGAUGCAAGUAGAGUAUAAUGUGAUUUCUCAGAUGAGUACAUUUAAAAUGUACAUAUUAUCACAAUGUUGUGCCAGAUAGGAUAAAUCAGUCACUGAAAAGCAUUUUAAAGAAUUUCUAUGGUAAUUCAGUCUAGAUAUAAUUAUUUCUAAAAGGCCCAAUAUAAGUUCAUUUUCAUGAAUAUUCCACACUAUGAAAAAGGUAAUUCUGUGGCUGCAACAUUAUUUCUGUCGAUGUGCGUCAAGGUCCUCUAGUGCCAGCAUAUCCCACCAUUAUUCUCAGAUAACGUAAAUGUAAAUCAAAAACGUCAGUUAACAAAUCUGUUCAAAUGAAACUUUUUUUUUUUUUUUAGAUGAAUCACAUUUGUGAGUUUUGAUCUUUUCUUUCCUCUUCCCCCUAUUUAAAUAAUAUUGUGACUGCACGAAUAACUAUACGUUUUCCCCUUUACAGCUUGGGUUUUAUUUUCUUUCAAGGGUGGAGUACUUUGUUUGUCAAAGUGUUUUGUUUUUUCUUGUUUGGUAAUGUUGUCCUUUGUUCUAUCUUAAUUCAGCGUCAUGUGUAGGCUAAUGUAUCCGCUAAGUGAAGCCUAAAGCAUCGGAAAUAUGGUAAUCAGCCUUUUAUGCACAUGUAGGAGCUUUUGUUUGGUACUAUGUUUGACACUGCAAUAUUCUGUAUGUGCUUAUUUUCUGUGCAACACCAACAGAGUUUUAUUAUGUCAUGGUAUAUCUAGACUAGCUUUGUAUAUUGCUGUAUGGUAGGCAUAAUGUUUUUCGUGCUUUAUGUGAUAUGAUGUCAAAGUGAGAAAAUGCACUGAGAAAUACUGUGCUGCAAUAUGUCAUUGUGGCUCGAUAUUCUCUGCUGGACCUCAGACUUUAUAGAGAGCCUGAAAUCUUUGUAGGUCCAUUUUCUGUUUUUCUAAUUUUUUUGUGCUCAUGUAGAUAGCUCAGAUGUGUCGCCUGUUACUGCCACCUUUUUAUGCAUCAACGUUCAGGCAUCCAUUGGUAUUAUACCAGUGUUUACAGUGACAAGAGUUUACAACAGAGCAAUGUUUGUUUUACUCUCCAUAAAAAAAUGUCCGUUAAAUACUGUAUCUGGAAUAACAGACUACAUAUGAACAACUUGCAGUGUAGAAUAGCAAACUUAUUUUGCUAUUUAGAUUUACCAGUGAAUCAGUUAUGUAAUUCCAAUACUAUGCCCUAAAUAAUACAUUAUAUUUGAUGAGGUUUUGAAGUUAUGUGAAUUAAUUCAAUUUUUUUUCUUCAUUUAUAAGCAUUUCGAUGCCCUAAAAGCACCUUUUAUUUCUCAGAAAUUCCACUUUCUAUGUACUUACUAUGAGCAGCUACAUGCUAUCAGAGGUUGUUUGGUUUUUUAAACAGAAUAGGUACUAUUUAGAUUUUAUUCAAUUUAGUUUUAUAGUAAAUCUGUCAUUUGCGCUGUAUAUUCUUUUCCCUUUUAGUGUUAGUCAACAGUUGAACCAGAAAGCCAAAGUACAAAACAGCCAUAAAUGAGAGAAUACUUAGACAUUUUAUCCCUCUAACUGUUGAAACACAACCUUUCCUUUUGUCUCCAAAAUAUUGUAUUGGGGUACGAGUUAUUUCAUAUAUCAACUAUGAACGUAUCAAUGCAUUGUUUACAUUGAACAUUAUUACAGAAACUAUUUCAGCAUAAUUUAAAGAGAUGCGACUGACAUAUCCUACCCACUUACUGGGGAAUCUCUUUUCUGCAUGAUGCUGAAUUUCAAAAUAUCUCAGAAAAUACCUUGACAUAUUGUAUUUUGCUUUAAAUUAAGUAUACAGUUUUGCUUUGUUUUGUUAAUCUGCUGUCAAACACUAAUUUUAGUGAAUACCACUAUAUACAUACUGUCUGCUAAAAGACAGAUACAGUAAGACAUAAAAUGAGAAAUAUCAGAUACAAAUACUGUACAGUCAGGCUAUAUAUCUAUGUUUAUAGAUAAAGAUAUAUAUUUAGAUUGACUUUGUGUCACAACAUGUUAAAACAUAAACAGAAUCAGGAAGCUGAAGCAGAGUCAUAGUGGUGCACAGUCACUCAGUGGGUUACCCACUCUAUGAAUCCUUUGUGUGCAUUUUGAGGACAGCCCGCUGCUGGUUCAAGCCUCAUACAAUGGCAGCUAAAUUGUUACACAAUGUUUUUUUUGUGUCUGAUAACAGUGAUACUAUUACACACACAGUUUACUGCCGUGAAGGGGUGCACUACGCUCCAUUAGUACGCUCGCAGCAACAGGAAACAUUAUGCUCAUAGAAUAUGCAAAAUCUAGCAUUCUGCAGCGCAGCUUGGCAAGUUGGUACUUUUUUGACCUGACCCUUUAAAAAAUGACGUGGUUGAAACCUUGUUCUUCAAAUUGUGUGUUUUCUAUUUAAACUGUCAAAUCUGACCAAAAGAAUCCAAGUUGGCUGUACUGUGCUGUAUAAAAGAUGAAUUACGCUUCUGUUCGAACUGUACCUGAUGUAUUUUUCUUGUGUGAAGGCUUCUGUCUUUGUAUCUUUGCAUUAUUAUUUGUAAAUGAAAUGAAAUAAAUAUAUCUGACAAAGCAACGAUGCUUCUUAAUCUUAUUAUUGUCAUUGGGUGGACUACUAAAGGCAAUAGAAAACAACAAACUAAAACAGUAUUUAAAUGAUGAUGAUAACAGCCCCCAUAACUGGCACAACUCAGACUUUCACACCCACUCCACAGCUUCACGCCCAGCAUUUGCCCUGCCUCUCCCACUCUGUCCACACAAACCAUUUUAAUGAGUUGACACUGGACAUUUUGCAUGUGGGAUGGGUAUGACAAAAGCAUACCCAAAAUGACUGGUGGUAAGAUUUCUGUCUUUUCUACACUAGAUAGGGUUCAUGAUUAUGUUGCCGUAUCUAUAACAACAGACAAAUCCCAAUAUGGCUUUCCCCUUUUGCUUUAUUGGCACUACUCAUAUGGCCAGUGACUUUUACCUCAGCAAAUAAUAUGACAAAUUGAUUCUUUGAUUUGCUUUCUCGCUCUGCAGGUUUCCAUGAAUCGUUGUGGUACCUGGACCGUAGUCGUGCCUCCUGCUGUGAGCCGACUGACACCCACUGCUACUUCCAUUAUUAUUAUUAAUCACAUUACUAUCCCUAUUUUCAUAAUUAUAAUUCUACUA